UUUAUAAGCCACGCCAGUAGGGUUUGGUAAAGAAGAAGUGAUCGAUCGGCUAGCAUUACUGAACAGAAAGAAGCAGAUUCCUCAAUCCUUCAGUUCGCGUCAAGCAAAAUGACGAAGGGUACGUCCAGCUUUGGUAAGCGUCGCAACAAGACCCACACUCUAUGCAGAAGGUGUGGAAGAUCGUCUUACCACAUUCAAAAGUCACAAUGUGCACAAUGCGGAUACCCUUCCGUUAAACUUCGCUCCUACAACUGGUCAGUGAAGGCAAAGAGGAGGAAGACCACCGGAACCGGCCGUCUUCGUCACUUAAAAAUCGUCCGCAGGCGAUUUAAGAAUGGGUUCAGGGAAGGUGUGAAGCCCGCCCCGAAAAAAUCAACGUAAGCAGGGUUUACGUUGUGAUUUUUUUGGGUUGGUAAUAACUAACCCAAAGAGUUAAUCAGUAAUAAAUUUAAGCUGAAAUAAAAAAACCCUUUCAUUGA